AUGAAAACGCAGGAUGGGCUCCCCGUACCGACAUUGAUAUUUCUUGAAAAUGUAAAAGUCAAAAAGAAUCAAUCCCUGGAGGAGAUUGUUAAGCGGGAAAGCGAAAAGCCAAGACAGCCAUCACAGUCUGGAUUUUCUGCUGUCAUACAUGAGGACAAGAUCGAAUUUAGUGCCGGUAAAAGUCGGAAGAAGGUCCCCAUCAAGGAGAUUCUGUAUGAACACAUUGAACGCAUCCUUCCAGAUGAGCGAAAACUAAGGGUUGCCCUCGGCUGCAUGACAGACAAACGCCGAAAUGUUUGUUCUUUUCAAUUUACGGAUUAUGGGGCCUACAGCACUUUCAUGUACCGCCUAUACGAAGCUAGGGGCUGGAUAAUUGAAUCAGAGAGGAGUGUCUUGUCAACAUCUUCAUUCAAGUCCACAAAAGAGGCAACUCAGAAGUCAAGUGAAACCGCUGCAUCAGUAGAAUACAUAAUCCAGUCGCCAGCUGCUCCGAUGAAAACUGACAAAAUGGAACUUAAAACAAGUUAUAUUAGCUGGGAGUCAGUACAGGAACCGAAUGACGUUCAAGUUCAGGCUGACAGUGUUGACCCAGGGUACGCAGCUUCAAGUCUGUCAGAGUGUUGCGAGUGCUGUGGCUGGAAUGCCAGACGGGUCUAUGCACACGAAAACACGAGGCCCACUCUUGACUGCGACACGGUGUCCAUUUUGACUUGCAGUUGUGGGCGGAAUACUAGGCAACUGCCACAGCAGGCCAGACAAACGCAAACCAGUCGACCUCCCAGCCCCGCACGACCGGUAGAGCGCCAGAUCAAGAGCAGCAGCCGAAACACUGGGGCAGCUGAUGGACGGCAAUCAACUUCUCGAGACAGUUUGGACUCGCCCACUCUCUACGUACAAAUCCCAAACAAACAUCCAUCGCCAUACGAGGAGGUGCUUCCAGAAUUCGACCAAGUAAAGGUGUACCGUGCGAGGCCCAAAAUUACUUCGCCACCGCAGGUGGGUGAUGUAGAGAACAGUCAGAGCAGGACAACGUACAGAAAAAUCUCCACUGGUGCGCCAUCCUCUGGUUACUCAUCGGCUACUAUGUUGACGGAUAACUUGCUGGAGCUCACAGUAUCAGGGCAGAACCACGGCGAGUAUAUAUCUGACAAGUCGGUAUAUGUUAAACAGAGGUCAAGGGAGGAGACGGGCAGACUGGUAUGCACAAAAGAUCCUUCAGUUGCACCCCCACUGAGGCGUUACUGA